UGGAGAUAAGCAGGUCGGUAGACUUGGGGAUGACGCUGGCUCCAGCUGCUCCAGAUUCCAGAGAUGCCAGUCAGGACAUAGUGAAGUCGGUAUUCUGUCCCCCCACGUCCACAUGCCUGUGUCAUACCUGUUGAUCGUCGGCGUGUAGUGAUCAUAUGUCAUCGGCAGGACGGAUCUACUGACAAAUCAAGAGAGCAGAUGGUAUGGCAUAUGAACAAGAGUGGCCGCAUCUUCUGUGUGUAGGAUCCUCUGUGUGCAGCUAGGCUCGAGAUGAGGAUGUGGUGGCCGUGGCAGGAGGCUGUCUUGCUCCUCCUGACCUUUGUUCUGUGCCAAAGGGGGGAUGGUCAACUGUCCAGAUCAACAAGAAGAAAGGUUGCGAUUCAUGCGCUUAUACCAGAAGGGGGCUUUUUCAAAACGCUUAAUAGGACGUUGUUCGCCGACUUCUCCCCUCGUGCAAGGAGGAAGUUAGGAAAAUACCGAAACCUACGUUACUUCGACUUUAGUGCUCGCAGUACUAUUCUGCAUGAUGAUACACCCAACGAAAUUCUUCAAGCGUUUUGUGAUACCUCAUUCUCGUCCAACGCUGUUGUACUGUUCCAUAUAAACAACCCAUUGUCCAUGAAGAAGGAGAGACUAGGUGCGCAUAAAUAUAUCAGUCAACUCGCCGAUUACUAUGGAUUACCGUUGAUAUCAUGGGAUUCCGAGUUUUCUCCGUCGGCAAGGCCGGUUGACUCCCGUCGACUACAGUUAGCACCGACGCUCUAUCAUCAGGCGUCCGCCAUGUUGGACAUGCUCAGGCGAUACAACUGGUCAGACUUCACUGUCGUCACAACGCAGACGUUCGGACACUAUGACUUCCUGUCCAGUCUGCGUGCACUUACACGAGAGAGUCAAGAACAGACGAAAUAUACUUCGACGGGGACAAAAACCUUCAAGUUCACAAUCCUCAGCGAAGUGCUGAUCAGUGACGGUAGCAACAAUACUGAGGUACUAGCAAGGCUUAACACCGUUGUGAAUACCCAUACGAGAGUCUUCCUUCUUCACGCAAGUAGUUCUGAGUCUAAAAACAUCCUUGACGUCGCCGCGAAGAUUGGAUUGACAACGAAGGAUUAUGUCUGGAUUAUCACUUCAACAGCUUUAUCACUAGGUUACAAUAACCGAGUGGUAAGGAGUUACCCAUAUGGACUCUUUGCUAUAUCGUUUGAGAGUGGUUUGUCAGCAAUGAAAGACGCCAUAACGUCAGCGCUGACGAUGUGGUUUGAGACGAUCAACAAAGUGGGUAACGACAGGACCAUCAACCUGAACACCAGCUUCUCUUGCAAGGAGACCAAGAGACAGUUCUGGAACGACGGGGGUGACUUUUUCAACUAUCUGAAGAAUUCGCCGUCACAAGAAUUCAAUGACACGGGUGUUCUCAAGCACACCUCCCUCCAGAUACUGAAUAUUCAAAGAAGCGACAGGAACUACCCGAUAGCUAAGGAAGUCGGGACCUGGACCAAAGACGGUUUAGUCAUUCAGGGAAUCACAUGGCCGGGAGAAUCGACGGAACCUCCAAAAGGAAAACCCGAGAAGUACUUCCUCCGGAUAGUCACAUGGAAGGAAGACCCAUAUGUUAUGUACCGCGACUUCGACAACAGGACAGGCAUGUGUGAACACAAUGCUGUGGCGUGCCGGGUGUAUUCCAGGAAUGACAGGAACGAGAGAACGAGCAACGUUACCAACACCACCUGCUGCACGGGCCUCAGCAUUGACAUCCUGCGCAUAUUCGCCGAGGAGUUAAAUUUUGACUUUGAGCUUUUUGAAGUUGCUGAUGGUCAAUGGGGUGCAGAAAACUCGUAUACCAAAGAAUGGAAUGGCAUUAUCGGUGUUCUGAAGGAGAACAAGGCGGAUAUGGCUGUGACGUCCCUGACGGUGACCCCAGAGAGAGCCAAACAGAUCGACUUCUCCGUGCCCUUCCUUGAGACUGGGAUAACGAUAAUGGUGUCCAUUCGGGACGGGAAGAUCUCGCCUACAGCAUUCUUAGAACCGUACGACUAUCCAUCUUGGUGUCUUAUACUGGUGUUCAGCGUCCAUGCGACCGGGGCCUCCAUCUUCAUCUUCGAGUGGCUCAGUCCCUAUGGCUUGGAUCAGGGGAAAACACCCUUGAGAGACCACAAGUUCUCUCUAUUCCGGUCGUUCUGGCUAAUAUGGGCCAUGUUGUUCAGUGCCGCGGUGUCUACAGACACUCCAAGGGGCGUCUCCAGCAGGUUCCUUUCCAAUUUGUGGGCUCUGUUUGCUCUUGUGUUCCUGGCCAGCUACACUGCCAACCUGGCAGCCUUCAUGAUCACCAAGGAGCAGUACUAUGACCUCAGUGGCAUUAAAGAUUGGAGGCUACGAAACCCGCAUCACACGAAGCCGCCAUUUAAAUUUGCUACUGUGCCGAAUGGUAGCACUGAUCUGAACAUGAGGAAGAAUUAUGCUGAGAUGCACGAAUAUAUGAAGAAAUAUAACAGACCGACCGUCCAGCAAGGGAUAGCAGCACUGAAGAAACAGGAAAUCCAGGCAUUCAUAUACGACGCCACGGUGCUGGAGUACUAUGUCGGAAGGGACGACGUCUGUAAGCUGAUAGUUGUUGGAGACUGGUACGCUACAACCGGGUACGCCAUCGGUCUCCCGAAGGGGUCUCCCUGGUUGGAUAAGAUCAACACUGUUCUACUGAAAAUGCAAGAUACGGGUGAAGUUGAAAAACUGCAUAAGUUCUGGCUUUCUGGUGCAUGCAAGAAGAAAAAACAGAAAGGCGUAUCGAGCCACACCCUUGGCAUUCUAAACUUCACCAGCGCCUUCAUUCUACUUGGCGGCGGCAUGGUGCUUGGCGCAAUUUUACUUCUGGCAGAACAUCUUUACUUCCGGUUCGGCCGGAAGAGCCUACGGAAGUGGGACAAGUGCGGUUGUUGCUCACUCGUCAGUUUGAGUAUGGGCAAGUCGUUAACGUUUGAACAAUCAGUGAUGGAAGCUAUAGACUAUCACAAGAGACACAAAUGCAAGGACCCUAUUUGCGAGACCCAGCUGUGGAAGGUUCGGCAUGAGCUGGAUCUGGCGAUGCUCAAAGUCGACAUACUACAGAGACAGCUAUCGCUGGAGACUGGUGGACGGGGUGAAGAUGGGGCAGGAAUAUGGAGAUACGACCCCGAAGCCACGCGUCAGCACAACGGCAUUUCCCGGCGCCGAGCCAAGGAUCGGGUAGAGCCAAUAGGUGGAGAACUGGCCAAAAUCGAGCCAUUAAUGUUGGCACAUCCAUCAGAAGAGGAUCCACCUAUUGAAGUGAUGGCAGAGGCCAACACCUUGGCCUCGCCAUCAUCGGGCACUGACGGUGACAGUGGAGAUAGGGACACGCCCAAAAGGUCCCGGCGUCUCGAUGGCAAAUACUACUUCGGAGUUGAAGAUAACGUUGAGAUGGAGAGUGCGUUUUAAACGUUGUUUCUGAAGUCACUACCUGCUGAAUGUGGCAAUCUGUGCUCCAGUUAUAUAAUAACCAUACAGAUAUUCAUCAUGUAACACUGAUAAAACAUGGAAUCGUGAAAGCAGCAUGGUUCCAGUACUAUGCUUGUAAAUGAUCUAACACUGCUAAAACGCUUACGGCUGGUCCUGAUUGUGACAGAGGACUACUAAUUGUACUGGAUUCAGCGGUGAAAGAAGCAAUGCCAAAAUAACAUAACGUUUGAUCUAUGCAACAGUUCCAAGCAUGAUAUUCCGAGUGGUAGUGGUUCACAAACAGUAUUAACCCCUCGUGUACAUGAUAUUACGUCUACUUACCUAAAACAUACUACAACACCAGUAGAGCUCAUAACAUAAAUACCAAGUUUCGGAAUAGAUAUGCGACGGGAGAUCUGGAUGCAUUGUAAGUACUCACAAACGAGAGAAGUAUUAUUAUAGUUCAUGUUGCUCAACUUCCCAUCACAUGAUUCCUUCCAUGGCCCAAAUAAUAUGUAGAAGAGCCUCUUCCAAAUGCAUUUUUGUAUAAUAGCUUGUUGUUGCGUUCUUGUGUCCCGAACAAUACAAUAAGCUGAUCAUGCCUCGAAACCAGCUUCAGUGAUGCUUGAUAUAAUACGCCAGAAUGAUGGUCUUGAGUGAGUUGUUGAAAACACCACGACCAUAUUAUUUCUGCAUUUAAGUAUAAUGCAGACCAUGAUACAGAGGGAGACGACUGGAUUGUAGUGUGAACCUACUUCAGAGAGCUGACCUUGUCUUGUAUUGCCAGUGAGUUCACUAUUGUGUUGCCGUAUAUGCAUGUUCUAAAACAGACAUACUGAUACAUGUAUAUUGUAAAGGUUUGGUCGCUCUGUCCGUUAAAAUAUGUACUAUUUUACUUACCAAAUCACACAUCUUUGCUGUAUGCUGCCUGCCUUGUAUCCUUGCUAUUUGAAAGUCUACUGUAUAUUGAUUAACUGCUUACUGAAGGCAUUCUUGACAUUUUUUAAGAACAACCUUCUUUGAAAAUGCUUCAUCUACAUUCAUUUUCUUCAAGCUCGACGUAUAUAGUGUUUAUUGGUUCACAUUUUUACGACACACUUUGAUCACAGUACCUUAUACCCUAUAUAAUCUAAAUGCGAUUCUUCUACGAUAAGUCAAUUUUGCAUCAUGACAAUCCAAUGACCACGGCAUCUAUCAUACACGUGUCAAUACAACUGCCAUGUAUGAAACCCUAAGUGUAUGUAUUGAUAUGGCAACAUUAUUUUGUUGUUUAUGUACGGUAUUCAUCAUGCAAUUUGUCUGCAAAAGUUUUAAUCUACUAUAUCACAACCAUACUACUCCAAACAAGUUAAAGAACACCCAUAAUUGAAAGCCUGUGUUGCAAUACCCGCCAGCUGUGACAGAUUCAUUUUAGUCAUAUGAAAAAUAGGGCGUUUUUUAACUUCUUUUGAGUGGUCUUUGACUAUAUCAAACAGUGUGUGUAUCCAGGUGUAAAGUGAGUGAGUGAGUGAGUUUGGUUUAACGCCGCUUUUAACAGUAUUGCAGUUAUAUCGCGGCGUGUCAGCUUAAUGUGGGAGGAAAGCCCCAAGUGAUGAAGGUCUUAGACGUUUACC